UACGUGAUGACGUCGGAUGUAUAUGAGCGCGGGCGGCGGGAUCUCUCUCUCCUUUUACCGCCAUCGGAGCGGAGUCUCUUUCUUCACCGGGACCUCUUCACUGCGCAGAGCCGCUUCGCCAGCCCAGCCUCCGGCCAGAAAUCCAAGGAUCACUUGAGACUCAGCUAGGAUGGCAGACAUUGACAACAAAGACCAGGCUGAGAUGGACCCGGCAGAUAUGGAGGAUGUGGAGGAAGUGGAAGAAGAAGAGACGGGAGAAGAUGAGAACAGCAAAGCUCGUCAGCUGACUGUGCAGAUGAUGCAGAAUCCACAGAUCCUGGCUGCACUGCAGGAGAGGCUGGACGGCCUGAAUGGCUCGCCGUCAGGGUACAUGGAAAGUUUACCAAAGGUUGUAAAGAGACGUGUAAACGCCCUCAAGAACCUGCAGGUCAAAUGUGCCCACAUUGAGGCAAAGUUCUACGAAGAAGUACAUGAGCUGGAGAGAAAGUACGCAGCCCUCUACCAGCCCCUGUUCGACAAAAGAAGUGACAUAGUGAAAGCAGCAUAUGAGCCCACAGAUGAGGAAUGUGAAUGGAAGGCGGAUGAGGAGGAAGAGCUGACAGUAAGUAAGCAGGAUGAGAUGAAGGAGAAGGCCAAGUUGGAGGAAGAAAAGAAGGACGAGGAGAAGGAAGACCCCAAAGGCAUCCCUGAAUUCUGGUUAACAGUUUUCAAAAACGUGGACCUGCUCAGUGACAUGCUGCAGGAACACGAUGAACCCAUCCUUAAACAUUUACAAGAUAUUAAAGUAAAAUUCUCAGAUCCAGGACAGCCCAUGAGUUUCACGUUAGAGUUCCACUUUGAGGCCAACGACUUCUUCACGAACACAGUGUUGACGAAAACCUACAAGAUGAGGUCGGAGCCUGACGAGAACGACCCCUUCUCCUUCGAUGGACCAGAGAUCAUGAGUUGCGCAGGUUGCACGAUCGACUGGACGAAGGGCAAGAACGUCACAUUGAAAACAAUCAAGAAGAAACAGAAGCACAAGGGUCGCGGCACAGUGAGGACGGUCACCAAGACGGUCCCAAACGACUCCUUCUUCAACUUCUUCGCCCCACCAGAGGUUCCAGAAAACGGAGAGUUGGAUGAAGACUCGGAGGCUAUCCUGGCUGCAGACUUCGAAAUUGGCCACUUCAUCCGCGAGCGCAUCGUACCUCGAGCUGUGCUUUACUUCACAGGAGAGGCCAUAGAGGACGACGAUGACGAUUACGAGGAAGAGGGAGAGGAGGCCGACGAUGAGGAAGGUGAGGAGGAGGCUGAUGAGGAGAACGACCCCGACUAUGAUCCCAAGGUUUAAGUGGUGACAGUAGAAAAAUAACCCUAUCCUGAAGGAUGCAGCCCCCCCAGCUGAGUGCAAGCAGCAGUGAAGCCUGGCCUGGCUGCCUCGAGGAUCAACUGCACUGUAACGGCUUCUCAAAUUAAAACAAAAAGAUUAAAAAAAAAAAAAAAUAGUUACUUACGGCCUUAUAAUGUUUUGUAUUUUUCUUGGUAGAAAUUUGAAGAAAAAAAAAUUUCAAGAUUUUUGUUACAAAAACUCAUGGUAACAUACUGGGAGCUGUGUAGCUCAAUAUACAUAGUAUUUUACUAGACCUGUUCUUUCCUUCUUCUCCUGUACAAUAGAUAGAAUACAGGGAAAAAAAAAAACUCCCUCGAAAAGCAUGAACUUGUUUCUUCACUGCUAAAACUAGUUUGGGUUCUUGUGAAGUCUUUUGUUGUUUUUGCUCUUAGACAACAGCUGUGGUUUAGACUGCAUCGCGGUAACGUCAAUUUAUAAAUUCCCCCACCCCCCUUUUCCUUCCUCUUACCAAAGUUCCAGGUUGGUCAGUUCUGGUUGUCCCAGGUGAAACCUUUUUGAUUUUACUCUUAGUGGGGCCUUUAGCACUUGUUAAAAACACUGUAGCAUUUCCAGCUCUAAUGAGGGAGUACCGAUGGGUGACCUGCAGCCGGGUGUCUGUUCCAGUUUAUCUAAUCUUGCUGAGCAUGAGAUCCGGAGUUGGUGUUUUUGGCCACUUCCUGCGCCACUUGUGCUCAAUUACUUUCCACUCUUGAUACAUUCCAGUAAGCGGACUGGCAGGCACCUUCGGUAAAGGGAAGCCUAUUUCUCUUUAACUGGACAGACUCCUCUAAACUGAACAAAAAUGAAGUUUGCUUCGACUUCUUUUUCCACACAAAAGGUAGCUCCCAGGGCUUGGCACAACCUGGUCGAGUCGUUAAACAUUCCAGAGGAUUCUUCAGAUGCGGAAGGGGAUUGGACAGUUUGUCGGGAUGGCCAGUUCAAGGCCACCCAGCCACAGUAACCCAGUGCUUCAGGCUCCUCGUAGGCUCGCAGUGGCGUGGCUGUCGUAUUUUCUAUAGCACUUUGUAUUAGUGUGUGGUGUACCAGUGGCGUCCUUGUCAUCGGUUAGCUGUCUGAGUAUUCCUUGUGAGCAGCACUUUGUUUGACGCCUUCUGCCUGAACGGUGCUGUGACCCCACUCUGUAGAGUUCAACUUGUGCUAUCGGGUUUCGAAGUGCAUUACCUUUCUGACCGGGGGAGGCACAGUUAGCCUGUUCAGAGGACUAGACAGACAGGGAUUUCCCACUUUGGGAUCAAAGUACAUCUGUCUGUCUAUCUGAGAGGAUUUGUUUGAACAGGGUUGGGCGGAUGUAGCACAGCAAAUGACGAGGAAAGGCCAAACCAGGUGUUGGAGCUGUCUGUCGACAUCACUCCCCUUUUUCCCCCAUAAGUUUAACAUUUACCUCUUGUGUCGUCAAUUUGUGUCUGGUCAGGUGACUCACACGGACCUCAGCCCAGCCCCUGAGGUCUUGGUUCCUUUUUAUCACUGUGAAAGUAAGAGGGGAAGUGUGAUAAGGCCAUUGUGUUGGCCAAUGACCCACCACCCUCCCUACCCUGAAGUCCUUCCUUUGUUACCCAGAAGGCCACAGAGAAGCAUGUCAGAGCAAUACUUAAAGUCAGGAGGGGGACCGAGAAGAAACCGUAGCCUGCCUCCCCUCCCUGUCCGUUCUUAAUGCCUUUUUAGUUGUGAAAACAGCCAAGCGUUGGUUGUGUUGGGCAGUAUUGUGUCCACUGUGGAGCGCCAGGGUACUUCUCAUUCUGCAGGGAGUAUUCAGAUCAUGUUUGUUGGAAAAAGACAUGAAAGGGUUUCUGUAGGGUCCUUCUGAGCAGCUGUUGUCAAGGCAAAAUGCUAUGCUACAAAAAUACUAAUGUACUCAAUAACUGUACGUGUAUGUUCAUGAAUAAAUUGGUUAAACAUGA